AUGGAAUCUGGAAGAAGGGGAUGGAAUCUGGGAGAAGGGGAUGGAAUCUGGGAGAAGGGGAUGGAAUCAGGGAGACGGGGAUGGAAUCUGGGAGAAGGGGAUCGAAUCAGGGAGAAGGGGAUGGAAUCUGGGAGAAGGGGAUGGAAUCUGGGAGAAGGGGAUGGAAUCUGGGAGAACGGGAUGGAAUCUGGGAGAAGGGGAUGGAAUCUGGGAGAAGGGGAUGGAAUCUGGGAGAAGGGGAUGGAAUCUGGGAGAAGGGGAUGGAAUCUGGGAGAAGGGGAUGGAAUCUGGGAGAAGGGGAUGGAAUCUAGGAGAAGGGGAUGGAAUCGGGGAGAAGGGGAUGGAAUCUGGGAGAAUGUGAUGGAAUUUGGGAGAAGGGGAUGGAAUCUGGGAGAAGGGGAUGGAAUCUGGGAGAAGGGGAUGGAAUCUGGGAGAAGGGGAGAAGGGGAUGGAAUCUGGGAGAAGGGGAUGGAAUCUGGGAGAAGGGGAUGGAAUUUGGGAGAAGGGGGUGGAAUCUGGAAGAAGGGUAUGAAGUCCGGGAGAAGGGGAUGGAAUCUGGGAGAAGCGGAUGGAAUCUUGGAGAAGGGGAUGGAAUCUGGGAGAAGGGGAUGGAAUCUGAGAGAAGGGGAUAGAAUCUGGGAGAAGGGGAUGGAAUCUAGGAGAAGGGGAUGGAAUCUGGAAGAAGGGGAUGGAAUCUGGGAGAAGGGGAUGGAAUCCGGGAGAAGGGGGUGGAAUUUGGGAGAAGGGGAUGGAAUCUGGGAGAAGGGGAUGGAAUCUGGGAGAAGGGGAUGGAAUCUGGGAGAAGGGGAUGGAGUCUGGGAGAAGGGGAUGGAAUUUGGGAGAAGGGGGUGGAAUCUGGGAGAAGGGGAUGAAGUCCGGGAGAAGGGGAUGGAAUUUGGGAGAAGGGGAUGGAAUCUGGGAGAAGGGGAUGGAAUCUGGGAGAAGGGGAUGGAUUCUGGGAGAAGGGGAUAG